GGAGCAUGCGCAGCAGCAACACCAUCAGGACCAGAGGACUGUCAGGAGCCUGCGAAGCGAUGCGAAAAAAUGGUGGGUGUAAACACGUUGAUGGAGAGUUCUAUUUAUGCACUGACUGCGUGCGGUAUGUUUACAUCUGAAGAAGAAUAGCGUAUGUCAAAGGGUUAUUACGAGGAAACAACUGGGAAGGUCGUUACGCGCGCCAAACGCCGACGCUGCGUAAAAACGGAUGAAACGUUACCAACACGGAUGCGACGACAAUAAUAGCUUACAUAUAAUUAUUUAUUUAUUUUUCCGAGAAGACGUUUACUCCUGCCGUUCAUUGGGGGGAAAUACAAUAACAGUCUUUUUGCAGUAUAUGUCAUCCCAUGUGACGGGCUUUCAUGGUUAAAUGGUCGCUGGCGCCUAGUAGUGGGAUGCACAUCAGUGUUCUGCCCUACUCCUUCUCCGUCGCAAUGGCCGCUCUAUAUCAGGUCACGGACGUGUCCUCUCCGGAUAAAUUUCUGGCCCUGAAAGACGUGAGGGAGGUGAAGGAGGAGACUACUCUGGAUGAAAAGCUCUUCCUACUGGCCUGUGAGAAAGGUGACUACUACAUGGUGAAGAGACUGCUGGAGGAGAAGACAGAGCUCAAUAUCAACUGUGUAGAUGUGCUGGGGAGAGACGCUGUCACCAUCUCUAUAGAGAACCAAAACCUGGACAUCCUUAAACUUCUGCUGGAGCACGGCUGCCAGGCAACAGAUGCUCUGUUAGUGGCCAUUGACUCGGAGGUGGUGGGAGCUGUGGACAUCCUCCUCAACCAUCGCCCCAGGAGGUCCUCUAAGCCCUCCAUCGCUAAACUGAUGCAGCGCAUCCAGAACCCUGAGUACUCCACCACCAUGGACGUGGCUCCAGUGAUCCUGGCGGCCCAUAGGAACAACUAUGAGAUACUGACCAUGUUGCUGAAGCAGGAUAUCUCCCUGCCCAGGCCUCACGCUGUGGGCUGCGAGUGUACUCUCUGUAAUGCCAAGAACAAGAAGGACAGCCUACGGCACUCCAGGUUUCGUCUGGACAUCUACAGGUGCCUGGCCAGCCCGUCUCUGAUUAUGCUGACCGAGGAGGACCCCAUCCUCAGGGCCUUUGAGCUGAGUGCUGACCUCAGGGAGCUCAGCCUGGUCGAGGUGGAGUUCAGGAAUGACUAUGAGGAGCUGGCUAAGCAGUGUAAGAUGUUUGCUAAGGAUCUCCUGGCCCAGGCACGUAACUCCAGAGAACUGGAGGUGAUCCUCAACCACAUGGCCAAUGAGGACACAGUGGACAAGAGAGGCCUGAUGGAGGAACGCAUGAACCUCAGCCGACUCAAACUAGCUAUCAAGUACAACCAGAAAGAGUUUGUGGCCCAGUCCAACUGCCAGCAGUUCCUCAACACAGUCUGGUUCGGCGAGACGGCCAGCUACCGGCGUAAACACACGUGUCUGAAGAUGUCCACGGUACUGAGCGUGGCGGUGCUGUGGCCGCUGCUCUCCCUGUGCUACCUGGUGGUACCGCGCUCCCGCGUGGGCCAUAUCAUCCACACGCCCUUCGUCAAGUUCAUCAUACACAGUGCCUCCUACUUCACCUUCCUCCUGCUCAUCAACCUGUACUCUCUGGUGUACAAUGAGGGCAAGAAGAACACCAUGGGCCCUGCCCUGGAGAUGAUUGACUACCUGCUCAUACUCUGGAUCAUAGGGAUGGUGUGGUCGGACGUGAAGCGUCUAUGGUACGAGGGCUUGGAGGACUUCCUGGAUGAGUCGAGGAAUCAGCUGAGCUUCGUCAUGAACUCUCUCUACCUGUCCACCUUCGCCCUCAAGAUAGUGGCUCACAGCAAGUUUAAGAACGUGGAGGACACAGAGAGGAAAAACUGGGAUGCCUUCCACCCCAUCCUUGUGGCUGAGGGGCUGUUUGCCUUCGCUAACGUCCUGAGCUACCUACGACUGUUCUUCAUGUACACCACCAGCUCAAUACUGGGCCCACUACAGAUCUCCGUUGGCCAGAUGCUGCAGGAGUUUGGUAAGUUCCUGGGUCUGUUCCUGCUUGUGCUCAUCUCUUUCACCAUCGGCCUGACGCAGCUCUACGGGAAGGAUCAGAAGGACCCGGCCAAGAGUCCCGCCAAAGACUGUGAGGGCAUCUUCUGUCAGCAGCAGAGCAACGACGCCUUCCACACGUUCAUGGGAACGUGCUACGCUCUGUUCUGGUACAUCUUCUCUCUUGCCCACGUGGCUCUCUUCGUGACCCGGAUCAACUACACGGAGGAGCUGAGGUCAUUUGUGGGAGCCCUCAUCGUGGGCACGUACAACAUCGUGGUGGUCAUCGUUCUCACCAAGCUGCUGGUCGCCAUGCUCCACAAGAGCUUCAGGCAGAUCGCUAACCACGAGGAUAAGGAGUGGAAGUUUGCCCGCGCCAAGCUGUGGCUGAGCUACUUUGACGACAAGUGUACCCUGCCGCCGCCCUUCAACAUCCUACCCUCCCCCAAGACUGUGUGUUACCUUCUGACCAGUAUGAGUAAAUGGAUCUGCUCCCACACCUCCACGGGGAAGGUCAAGAGACAGAACAGCCUCAAGGAGUGGAGGAACCUGAAGCGGAAGCGUGAUGAGAACUACCAGAAGAUCAUGUGUUGUCUGGUCCAUCGCUACCUGACGUCCACCAGGCAGAAGAUGCAGAGCACCGACCAGGCCACCGUAGAGAACCUCAACGACCUGCGGCAGGACCUCUCCAAGUUCCGCAACGAGAUGAGAGACCUGCUGGGAUUCAGAACCUCCAAGUACGCCAUGUUCUACCCCCGGAGCUAAGACUGACCUGAUCUGAACCUCAACCCAACCAUGUUCUACCCUUGGAGCUAGAACUGAUCUGGUCUCAACCUCCACCCAACCUCAACCGACCAGCUAAGACUGGUCUCAACCCCAACAUCAACCCCAACCACCCCUGUCAGCUUCUUCACCCAGGGGGUUUUAUCUCUGACCCUAGCAUGCUCAGAAAUGACCUUGUGUCCAGUCACAGAGAGACAUUUAAACCUGGAACUCCACUGGAAAAUAUAUAUAUAUAUAUAUUCUGCACCAAAGUCUCCAGAUUCACCCAGAUCCCUUAUGUAAUAAUAUUCAGUCAUCCUACUUGUUUUCUAAAAUUGUCAUUGUUUUCAACAAAGGACUUAAUAAAAUAUAAUGGAAAAUACA